GCUCCAGAGGGCUCUACCCGGGAGUCGUAGGUGCCCGGCGUAACGGCUUAGCAGCUGUGCCACUGCUCUAAAGAGCGUAACCGUGGCCAUGAAGGAAGAAAAAGAUCAUAGGCCUAAGGAGAAGCGAGUGACCCUGUUAACGCCUCAGGGCGCUACAGGCGGCUGCUUUGGAGCUGCUGCCGAAGGCGCCAAAGGGGACGAUAGGCAAGAUCGCAACAGGGACAAGAAAGAAGCUUUGAGCAAGGUGGUAAUUCGAAGAUUACCUCCCACUUUGACCAAGGAGCAGCUUCAGGAACAUCUUCAACCUAUGCCUGAACAUGAUUAUUUUGAGUUUUUUUCUAAUGAUACUAGCCUUUAUCCUCAUAUGUAUGCCAGAGCGUAUAUCAACUUUAAAAACCAAGAAGACAUUCUUUUAUUCAGGGACCGAUUUGAUGGCUAUGUAUUCCUUGACAAUAAAGGUCAGGAAUAUCAUGCUAUAGUAGAAUUUGCACCCUUUCAAAAAGCUGCAAAAAAGAAGAUUAAGAAAAGAGAUACAAAAGUUGGGACUAUCGAGGAUGAUCCAGAGUACAGAAAAUUUUUGGAGAGUUAUGCCACAGACAAUGAGAAAAUGACAUCUACUCCAGAGACAUUGCUGGAGGAAAUUGAAGCCAAAAAUCGAGAAUUAAUAGCUAAAAGGACAACCCCACUUUUGAGCUUCCUGAAGAACAAGCAGAGAAUGAGAGAAGAAAAGAGAGAAGAAAGGAGGAGACGGGAAAUAGAGAGGAGAAGGCAAAGAGAAGAAGAGAGAAGAAAAUGGAAAGAAGAGGAAAAACGAAAAAGAAAGGAUAUAGAAAAACUAAAGAAGAUAGAGAGAAUACCAGAAAGGGACAAAAUAAGGGAUGAACCAAAGAUUAAGGUACACAGGUUUCUGUUACAAGCUGUGAAUCAGAAAAAUCUGCUCAGGAAACCAGAAAAAGGAGAUGAAAAAGAACUUGAUAGAAGAGACAAAACCAAGAGACUGGACAAAGAAAAUCUGAAUGAAGAAAGAACCAGUGGGCACAGUUACACUCUGUCCAGGCGUUGUGCUGUCGAACUGAAGGAUGAAAAGCCAAAGAGACCUGAUGAUGAGUAUGUCAGAGAUUACAGAGAGAGGGACCGCGAUUAUGAAAGAGAUCAGGAGCGCAUGAUCCGAGAAAGAGAGAGGCUGAGGCGGCAAGAAGAGGAGCGCCGGAGGCUGCAGCAGAAGGAGCGCUAUGAGAGAGAGAAGGCUUUUAAGCGGAAGGAAGAAGAAAUGAAGAGAGACAAAGAGACACUUCGAGAUAAAGGAAAGAAGAGUGAGAAUACAGAAUCAAUAUGCUCGUUAGAAAAAAUUGAAAAAAAAGAGGAAGUGGUUAAGAGAGACCGCAUAAGGAACAAGGAUCGUCCAGCAAUGCAGCUUUACCAACCAGGAGCCCGAAGCCGAAGCCGGCUCUGUCCCGCCGAUGACAACAUCAAGACUGGAGAUUCCCUAGUGGACAAAAAGCAGGAAAGUGGUAUUAGCCAUAGAAAAGAAGGAGGAGAGGAGUGAGAAGUCCAAAUGGCCAUAGGUGUCCUGACUGUCCAGGCAUCCAAAGAGCACGUAUUAUGCUAUCCAGAAGUGCCUUCAGGGCAAAGGAACAGAGAACAAGAAAAGGGGUCGCUGUGCUGGUGGGAUGUACUACAGAGGAGCGCGUCUAAGCAGAAUAAGACUACAGGCUCAGAAUUGAAGGACAAUUUCAUUGUUUUCUGCAGUUUCCACAAGUUAAUUUUAAUGUCUCAGAAAAAGAUGGUAGCAAGGACAUUGCAAGUGAAAAAUGUCAAAUAAGGGCUUAACUUUGUAUGACAGCUAAAAAGAAUAGGUUUGAAAAUCAACGGGUGUUCUUAAUUCUGGCUUGGAGCAUCUUAGUUUGAGUGGAGCAGAUGUCCACUAAGUCUUGUUGGGAUCUAUUUUGCCUUGUUGGUAUUGACUGUUGACUCUGUAGUGUAGGCGCAAUGAGCAUGUAAUUGUAGCACAAGUAGAGUGGAGGAUAGAGCAAAUUCUGGCUGGUGGAAAAGAUUUAAAUAGUCACGUUACAUCUAUAUCCUGUGUCUGAAGUUUUUGUAAUUACAGCUUGUUUUACUUCUGUGAAUGUAGCAUCAAAAAAUACUUGUAAACAUCUCGUUUUUGCCUUUAGCAUUUCUCCUAUUACUAGAUAAAAUGUAGUUCUUGGUUAGUUACUUACAAUCUAGUCUUUGUUUUAUCUUAGGUCUGAUGAUUUGAGUGCAUAUCCUCUCCAGGAAGGAAAAUACACCAAUAUCUGUUCCUGUUGUGGCAGCUUUCAGUCUUAGCUUGUUUUGUAAUGCUGUCAAUAAAUUUCCACUUCAUUCAAGUAUGAA